AGGAACUAAAGAUGGCCAACAGUCUGCUAUAUAAGAACGAUCAAUAGGGGUAGCUUCUGUUAUUCGAUUCACAGUUUCCGCAGUAUCAGCAAUCAUGAAAGUGGUGUCUUUGUGUUUGUGCUUGUUCGCGUUCAUCGCAAUCAUCGAAGGAGCAAUCUAUCAUCGGUCCAUUCGCUCCCCUCAGUUCAGUGGUUCUUCUGCCAGUGCUAAUGCUCAAAGUUCUUCCGGUGGUCGUGGUGGUUUCGGAGGUAGCUCCAGCUCAAGUUCGGCCAAUGCUCAAACGAACAGUUUUGGUGGAGGAUUCGGUGGCGCAGGAAGCAGCAGUGGAGCUAGUGCUAAUGCUCAGACUCAAAGCUUGGAAAAGGGAGUUAGACCCAUAGGCGGUGGUGGACUUGGCGCCGGCGGUUUUGGUGGUCGACCUGGCUAUGGUGGAGGUUUAGGACAAGGAGGUGGCGUUGGAUUCGGAGGUGUCGGUGGAGGAUUUGGAGCUGGCGCUGGAGGAUUUGGAGGACGACCUGGUGGCUUUGGUCCAGGCCCUGUUAAUCGACCAGGUUUUAUUGGACAAGGAAACCAAGGAUUCGGAGGACGCCCAGGAUUUGGAGCAAGUUCAUCAAAUGCAAAUGCCCAAGCUGUAUCUGUUGGAAGAUAAAUAUUGAUUUACUAACGCUUUGUACUAUUUACUUUCGAGCAAGUGUGAUGUAGAACGAAUUAUUUCCAAAUAUUUUAUCCAAGCGGCCCACAAGCGUCCAGAUUUUCUCAUUUCUGUAAUAUAUUUUUUUAUCAUUUUAUAUUUCAAAGUAACUAUAUUUUUAUGUCUUCAUCUUUAUUGGAAGUAAAGUGUUUUUGACCCUGUAA